CCAAUGAGAAAAUGGAAACAUUGGUAUUUCCGUAUAUUGGCAGGAUUGCCAUAGAACAGGUUGGGUAUUGAAAGGUGUAUGAAAAGCCAUGGCUGCAGCGGCCUCGUUUGGGCUGUACUUGGGAAAUACAUCAGCCUGUUUAGCAAUUUAUAAAGACGACAAUGUGGACGUUGUCGCUAAUGAUGCUGGAGAUCGAGUUACGGCAGCUGUCGUUGCAUUCAAUGACUCUGAAAAGGUUAUUGGAUUGGCUGCCAAAACUGGGCUCUUUAGAAAUGGUCCAGUUUCAGUGCUUAAUAAUAAAAGAUUAAUGAACAAGGAUAUUGAUGAUGUUGAAUUGGAGUUAGCAAUAAAUAACAGUCCUAGUAAAUUAGUGAAGGAAUCAGAUGAAUUACGAUAUCUGAUUAAAAAGAGAGAGAAAAAUGAGAAAAUAUCACCUGUUGAAGUAUCAACAAUGAUAUUUGAAGCUAUGUAUAAUAUCUCUACAACAGCUGCACAUGACGAUGAUGAGCACAAUGUAGUGCUAUGUGCACCACUACGUUUUUCUGCAGAAAGUCUCAAGACAUGGAGCGAAUCAGCAACAGCAGCUGGAUUUAGAGUGUUACAAGUUAUCAGUGAGCCAGCAGCUACAUGCAUAGCGUAUGGCAUUGGUCAGAACAAAAAGAAAUCAGAGCUAAUUCUGGUAUACCGAAUAGGUGGUGUAACGAGCGAAGUAACUCUAAUACGUGUUGCUGGAGGCACAUACACAGUAUUGUCCACACGAUACUAUUCAAAACUCGGAGGAAAUAAAUUAACAAGGAUAUUGGCAGAAUAUCUUGCUGGUGAAUUUCGGAACAAGUACAAACUGGAUCCUACAGAAAGUCGAAGAUCCAUGUCUAAACUGAAUAACGCCGCAGAAACGUGCAAGCACGUCCUCUCUACGAUGUCCACAGCUCAUUGUUUUGUAGAAUCGUUAAACGACGGUGUUGAUUUCAGUCAUAACAUAACUCGUGCACGUUUCGAAAAUCUGAUAGGACCAAGUAUCUCUGAAUAUAUUGGCCCUAUAGACGAGAUCCUACAAGAUAGUAAAUAUUCGCACAGCGAUAUUAAUAAAGUCGUCCUUUGUGGUGGUACAAUGAAGAUUCCAAAAUUGCAAGAAAAGAUUUCGCUACUUUUCCCAAAUGCUGAGACGGUAUCCAACAAAUGGAGUCCCGAUGAAACAAUGGCGAUCGGUGCUGCAAUGCAAUCAGCCUUAUUAAUAUCUCAUAGGAUGCAUGAUCGCGAACUCAAUUCCAUGAGCGUAGAAGUGCAUUCGUUGGACAGAUCUUUAUGUGUUCAAUUUGGUGAGGCUGAUCCUAUUGUGAUUCCGGCCGGUACGAUAGUUCCAAUAAAGAUACAGACAAUUGUUGAAAUUCCAAAAGUCAAUGACAAUAAAGUGGAUGUCAAGAUAUUUGAGGGAGGCAGUGAUGACUUGAAGGAUACACGAAAAAUUGGUUUGAUUUCACUGAAAGCCGAGAGCGGCGAAAAGUUCAAAGUGGAUACUGACCUCACCGAAGCAAAUCUUAAUGUGAACAUUGUGGAAAUGAAAUCGGGUAAAAAGUCAUCCUUUCGUUUUGGAAUCCAUGAAGAUGAUUCCUAGCAUGACUUGAAAUUAAACUAUAUAUUUUUUAACGUGCAACGACUAUGAAUAAACUAAUAAUUUUUUA